GUCAAGUUGCUUGCUCGCCCUCCCUCUUCCACUGCUCUCUCCGUGUGUGAUGGGCGUGUUGUGUUCGAAUCUCCCACGGGGGUUCAGGUUCAGUCCGACGGACGAGGAAAUCAUCGACUACUACUUGAGGCCAAAGAUCGCUGACAAAGACGAACAACUUUACUUCAUUCCCGAAGUUCAUUUCUUCAAAUGGGAGCCCUGUGAGUUGCCAGAUUUAUCGGGCAUAGAGACAAAUGAUCCAGAGUGGUUCUUCUUCUCGCCACAGGACCUGAAGCACCCGAAUGGGAGUCGAUUGAACAGGGCAACCAGAGGUGGGUACUGGAAAGUGACUGGUAAGGAUCAAGAAAUCUUGUCCGGAGAGAGCUUGAUUGGAAUGAAAAAGAUACUGGUUUUCCAUGAGGGGCGUACUCCAAACGGGAAAAAAACUGAGUGGGUCAUGCAUGAGUACCACGCAACCCUGAAGCAGCUUGAUGGCACCGAUCCCCAUCCCGAUGGCGAUCAGAAAACCUUUGUCCUCUGUCGUUUAUUCAAGAGAACUAACAAUGGUCGAAAGCGAAAGCACUCUACCGAAGCUGGACCUGCCAUGUCUAAACGAAGGGCGGCUUCAGAAUCUCCUCAUUCUGAAAAUUCUGAUGGAAUGCCACAAGUGAUAGCUGAUGAGGUUGAUCUGCAACCGGAGAGCAGCCUUUGGACCCCCUUAACUUCACUCUCCGAUACAGCUGCCAAAUCUUCUCCUGAAGAAGCAGAGUCUGAACAAACCCAGGUAGAUUGGAAAAUGCUCCCUGACCUGCUGGAAAUCCCACUAGAUUGGAACCGCAAUACACCUGCCGUUCAAUCAUAUGACAACAAUUUUGAUGCUUACUCUGCAGAGAAUCAUAUGACAGAUGAGGAAGCACCAAAUAUGUUGUUAGACCUGGAUUGCAACCCUUCACUCCCCAAUACACCUACCGUUUCAGUAUUAGGAGAGGAAGCUUUUAUUGUUUGGUAGUUAUGUUUUUUUUUUUUCUUAAAUCGGCGAGUUGUUGAUAUUAAUUUGUUAUAUAUAUAGUUAAAAAAAAAAAAAACUUUUUAUAUAUAACAAGUUAAUAUCCAUAACUUGCCGAUUUAAGAAAAAGAAAAACACAACUACCAAACAAUUACAAGCUUGGUAUGAUGGACAUUAACCUGCCAAGUAGCAGCAGCAGGCAGAGGAUAAAUCUUGAACAAGCAGUAUGGUAGAUUAAUAUUAUGUUUUUUUUUUUUAAGUAUUUAAACUAGUUAUAUAUUUUUGUUUUUAAUGGGAGUGUGAAGUUUGUUUGUUUUUGUUUUGUUUUGUGUUUUUUAAGAAAGCUUGUAUCUUUGGAGCAUUUCAUUUGUAUUAAAGUUGUGGUAUUUUCACCUAGUC